CGGAUUUGACGUUUCACGAUGUUGAGGAGGAUGAGCAACCACAAGUAGAGAAGCUCCCAGAACAUUCAUGCAGAUAUUGUGGUAUUUACGAGUCGAGCUGCGUGGCGAUGUGUACAGUCUGUAACAGGUGGUUCUGCAAUGGCAAAGGAAGUACAUCAGGAUCGCAUUUGAUCACUCAUUUAGUCCGGUCGCAACACAAAGAGGUAUGUCUUCACCGAGAAUCACCGCUUGGAGAGACCCAAUUGGAGUGUUAUCAAUGUGCAUCGCGCAAUGUGUUCAUGCUUGGAUUCAUUCCGGCAAAAGCUGAUUCAUUAGUGGUAAUUCUCUGUCGACAUCCAUGCGCCCAGAUCGCCUCCCAGAAAGAUCCUAACUGGCAAGGAGAAGAAUGGAAGCCUUUAAUCAAUGAAAGACAGCUUCUUUCGUGGAUAGUGAAUAUACCAUCAGAGCAAGCUCAGCUCAGAGCCCGACAUAUCACUGCUGCUCAGGCCAGCCGUCUUGAAGAUCUUUGGAAAGAACAUCCUAAAGCAACAGUGGAAGACCUAGAUCGCCCGGGUGUUGAUACUGAACCAGAGAGUGUGCUGUUAAGAUACGAAGAUGCGUUCCACUAUCGGCGUAUUUUUGCUCCGCUAGUCCGCGAAGAGGCCGAGUUUGAUCGAAAGACGAAAGAGUCUCAAACGCAGAGUGUUGGUCAUGUCCGUUGGGAUCAAGGAUUGAACAAAAAACACCUCGCAUUCUUUCAUUUGCCGAAGUUCAUGGAAGGAAGCAUGAAAUUGAUGAUCGGUGACGAGCUACGACUCAAGCAUAAUCAAACGAUCGAAGAGGGAAUGGCAAUGUUUGGGACAGAUCAUAGCGACGAGAUUGGAAUAGAAAUGCGUGCUGCUGCCUCGGAGAAAAUGCCCACUGAUCCGCGCAUCAAUUUCACUUGUGAGGCUGUGUGGAACUCGACGUCAUUCGAUCGGAUGUAUCAGGCGUUGAAUACACUAGAAAAAGAUCCUCACUGCGUUUCUCAGUACAUUUUCCAUAAGCUCAUGGGGCACGAUAUUGACGAGAUUCUUUUCAAAGUGCAACAACCCAAACGACUAUCGGCUCCUGGCCUUCCUGAGUUGAAUCACAGCCAAAUGCAUGCUGUAAAAACAGUUCUCAUGAGACCGCUGAGUCUUAUUCAAGGACCGCCUGGAACUGGAAAGACAGUAACAUCAGCCACUAUCGUCUAUCAUCUGGUACAGCAAACACAAGGUCAAGUGUUGGUUUGUUCUCCAUCUAAUAUUGCGGUGGAUCAACUUGCUGAGAAGAUUCACCGUACUGGGCUGAAGGUUGUUCGGCUUUAUGCAAAGUCUCGAGAAGCACUGGACACAAACGUUGAAUUUCUUGCAUUGCACGCUCAGUUGAAAGCGCUCAAGGAGUCUGCCGAAUUGCAGAAACUUCAACAGUUGAAGGUUUUUGGAAUUUCUAAUGCGUGA